AUGAAGAUCGCCUGCGAGACCUUUAUUGCGCUUCUUCUGGCAAGCAUUGUGGAGUCGAAGUUGCAAACGAAAAAAGAGAAACGCGGGGUAGCAAUACUGGGUCCAUCUAGCUACGACUUCUUUGGAGCGGCGCCAAUUUUUUCCGCUCCUUCCUGGCAGCCGACCAGCUUCGGAUCUGCUCCAUGGAGCCCUUCUGGAGUACCUGAUAUCCCUUUGACGCAGGUUCAAGUUCAGGCCACUCACGAUGUUGCUAUUCAGGCUUUGAAAGACCCGUCUUCUGGCACACCGAGCAUCGCCUACCCUCCAGACGUACUAAAAGCCAUUCAACAGGCCAAGGAAGCGAAUCAGAAUGUAAAUUCGGCCCAACAGAAGGUCGCGGAGGCUAAACACGCUGCUGUCGUUCAACAGAAGGUCGCUCUCGCGAAAGAAGCUGCAGCAAGGGAGGCUGCAGCCAGAUCCCAGGAGAUCUCCUCAACUGCCGAAACUGAAGCCAGAGCGAGUGCGAAGCAAUUAGUCGCUCUGCAACAGAGAUUGGCGUCCCUCAAGGAUGCAGUUGCAGCGGCUCAACGAGUGGCUGCAGCCAGGGAAGCGGCUGCAGCUGCUGCGAUUCAGAGGAACGCCGCUGAGACUGCAGCCCAGUUGCAGAAGCAGGACGUCGAUAAACAGAUCAGUCAAAGCGAACAGGAAGCAAAGGAGAAGGACAUAAUCGCUGCGAAGGAAAAUGCAGUAGCGAACGCGGUGCAACUUGCGGCACUGCAGAAGUCGUCCCAUCAUCCUUGGGGUCGAUAA